AUGGCAGAGAAGAUCCUGGUGACUGGCGGAGCUGGCUACAUCGGCAGUCACUGUGUGCUGGAGCUGGUGGAGGCUGGCUAUGUCCCUGUGGUGAUAGACAACUUUCACAAUGCCAUCCGAGGGGUAGACACGCUCCCUGAGAGCCUCCGGCGUGUGCAGCAGAUCGUGCGCCAGCCCAUCCUUUUCCAGGAGCUAGAUAUCACCAAUGAGGCAGCACUGCAGGAACUCUUCAGUAAGCACCAUUUCUCAGCCGUGAUGCACUUUGCAGGGCUGAAGGCAGUGGGGGAGUCUGUGCAGAAGCCGCUGGAGUACUACAGGGUCAACCUCACUGGGACCAUCCGGCUGCUGGAGACCAUGAAAGCCCACGGCGUGAGGAACAUCGUGUUCAGCAGCUCUGCCACCGUCUAUGGAGACCCCAAGUACCUGCCUCUGGAUGAGAACCACCCAGUUGGAGGCUGCACCAACCCCUAUGGCAAAUCCAAGUACUUCAUUGAGGAGAUGAUUCGAGAUCUCUGCAAAGCAGAGAGGGACUGGAACGCUGUUCUCCUGCGCUAUUUCAACCCCAUCGGUGCCCACGAGUCAGGCAUGAUCGGAGAAGAUCCUCAGGGGAUCCCGAACAACCUCAUGCCCUACGUGGCACAGGUGGCAGUGGGACGCCGGGAAUUUCUGAGCGUGUUCGGGAAUGACUACAAGACGGAGGAUGGAACAGGUGUCAGGGAUUACAUCCACGUUGUGGAUUUGGCCAAGGGCCAUAUCGCUGCAUUGAAGAAGCUCAAGGAGAACUGCGGCUGCAAGAUCUACAAUCUGGGCACAGGCACUGGCUACUCCGUCCUGCAGAUGGUCCGGGCCAUGGAGAAAGCCUCGGGGAGGGAGAUCAAGUACAAGAUCACAGGCCGGCGGGAGGGAGAUGUGGCCUCCUGCUAUGCCAACCCGGCACUGGCCGAGCGUGAGCUGGGCUGGAGAGCUGCCUUUG